UUUAAUUUAUUUAUUUACAUGAGAGAGAGAAAAAAAAAAUCCGAGCAUCACUCUGGCACAUACAAUGCCAGGGAUCAAAGUCAGGACCUCAUGUUUGGUGAUGACCCACUCUUAUUUAUGAGAGAGAGAGACCAAAGUCCCUGGUUCAGUCCCCUGCCCACCAUGUGCCAGAGCUGAGCAGUGCUCUGAUAGUAGUAGUAGCAGCAGUAGUAGUGAUGGCGGUGUAAUAAUAACUAAUAAUAAUAAAUUUAAAAAUAAUUUAUAGAGAGUGGAAGCAGAGCAUCACUUGGGCAUAUGCAAUCCCUGGGAUCUAACUCAGGACCUUAUGCUUGAGAGUCCAAGGCUUUAUCUACUGUACCACCUCCAGCCCUACUAGGUAAUAAUCCUCAACUUCAGCCUGAGCAAAACCAGUGGCUGGGAGCAAGGAGGACCCUGUGCCAACCUCCAGGGGACGGGACAACAGACAGGGCACUGAAGCUUCACAGGCAGCUCAAGCUGGAAGUGAGCUGAGCUGGCCAGUCCCCCCACCACACACACACACACACACACACACACACACACACACACACGCAGCCUGACCCCUCUACCCAGUCCAUAGGGGCUGACUCAGCCUGACUCAGGCCCAGAGCCUUCCCUGCAUAGACCCAGGGGCCUUUGUCCCCCAUGGUCAUGAGGCCUGAGGGGGUUGGGAACAGUUGAUAAAAGGCCCAGGAAGUGUCUCCCCUGCUCUGCCUCAUAGCUGAUGCCCACAUGCAGGCCCGGACACAGCCCCUGGCCCAGGCCCUUCCCUUCACCCUCGGAGGGGCCCUGGGAGACUUGGGGCUCCGGGUGCCCAUGGUAAAGAUGGGCACAGUCUGGGAUAGCCUGCAGUGGACCCUGAAGGAAGUUGCUUACAUCCUGCUAUGCUGCUGGUGCAUCAAGGAGCUGUUGGACUGACUGACUGAUGUAGGACCAGAGGCCACCACACAGCUCAGUGCCUGCCAGCACCCGUGAGACUACUGGGACCCCCAUGCUGGACCAAGGAUGGACCCACAUGUAUGGAUCCUUUGUGCUGUCUGCCUCAGCUCCGGUCUCCUCCCCAGCCCCUGCUUCUGGCAGAUUCUAGGGCAGGGCUAGGGCCUGCUGUCUGGGACCAGUGACAUCUCAGCAAGGCAGCCUAGGAGGUGGUGUAAUGGAUAAAGCAUUGGCUGCUUAAGCA